AAGCUGGCGCGGGCAGCUGGGCCGCUGCGCGGCAGCACCGUCAUUGAGGUCGGACCCGGCCCGGGCAGUCUCACGCGCAGUCUGCUCACCAACGGCGCGCGCAAGGUCAUCGUCGUCGAAAAAGACAAACGGUUUAUGCCGGCGUUGGAGACCCUGCAGCAGGCGUCGGGCGGGAGGCUGGAGCUGGUCUUCGGCGACAUGCUCAAGAUCGACGAACGCGACCUGCUCAAGAACGAACCCAAAGCCGAAAAUUGGGCUGAUGAGAGCCCGGUGCGCAUUGUGGGCAACCUGCCCUUUGCCGUGGCGACGGAGCUGCUCCUCAAGUGGCUGCGACAGAUACCCGAGAGGGAAGGCCCGUUCGCGCACGGCCGAGCCAGCAUGACGCUGAUGUUUCAGCUCGAAGUGGGAAAGCGCAUCGAGGCUCGUUCGGGCACGUCCGAGUACGGCAGGCUGUCGGUGAUGACGCAGCAGUCGUGCACGGCCCAGACCUGCUUCAACGUGCCGGCGUCGGUGUUCGUGCCCCCGCCCAAGGUGACGGGCACCAUGGUCAGGAUCGAGCCGCGCGUGACCCCCCUGGCUCCGGCCCCGGUGAAGGAGCUCGAGGUGGUGUGUCGCCAGGUAUUCGGGCAGCGGCGCAAGAUGCUGUCCAAUGCCAUCACUACGCUCGGGGAGGGCUCCCUGCCGUUGAUUGCGCGAGCUGGCCUGGACCCCACGAAGCGACCAGACGCCUUGACCGUCGAAGAGUGGUGCAGCCUCGCCCGGGCCUACAAGGAGUGGAUGGACGAAAUGAAGACGAGCUCCUUUAACAUCUAA